AUGAACGAUGGCACAGAGCACGAUCUGAGCUCGCUAUCGCUGCCGGCAUCAACACGGCCAGGCAAAAUGAGUGUGUUCACCAAAUCCAUUCGAAAGCUAGGCAAGACAGCCUCCCGACUCAACUUGGCUGCUCAGUUCAACCAAGACAGCCCUUCGGGCUCUGCAUCGCCACCAAAGGUGGCCAACGUCCAAGAAUCUUCUCCUGAUGAGGACUUCCAGGCUUUUUCAUAUAAUGCUGUGGCUCAUUCCACUGAACCAACCCAGGUCAGGUACCUACCGAGGAAGGAUUCAUUCACGGUUUCUGAUCUGCCCCAACGGCCUUCUAUUGGCUCUGACGAACCAAGGGUCAAGCUAAAAGCGCCUGCAUUGCCACCUGUUCAAACCAAUGUCAUCAACGAAUGGGUCUCUCAAAGCCCCGUACUGAGUGCUCAGAGCCCACGAGCCUCUCUGUCUCCAGCACGAGGUCACUUCCCAUCGGCAGACUUGGCGCUUUCUGGCAACAUCAUGAGCUCUGCUAAUGAUAGUUCUGCCAGCUUUAGUUCCCUUGAUCCUAAGCCUAGAUCAACAAGUUAUCCAGAAUCGCAUAUUCCCCGUUCCCACAGCAUAAGCAGCUCCACCUUUGAAGCUCCAACAAAUAGCAUCUCGAAAUUGGGUCCUCCAGCACCCUUGUAUUCGAAACCUAAAGAAAGGUCUUACUCAAGCUCCAAUAUACUUAGCUCCAAGGCCAUAAUAUCUAAUUCUUUGCAUUCUUUCCGCGUUGUCACCUCCAACAUUGACCAAAUGCCAGAGCCAGCAGUUGUUGAGCACCUAUUCCAAAGAUUACUUUCCAUAAGAGUGUUUCCUGAAGAAUCGUUCAAAACCACUCCUCUUAAACGGAAAUGGGAACUUCUUCUUAGUGAGGGAGAGACUAACAACUCUUUCGAUCUCCCUCAACUUCUUCAAGAGGCCACUGUUUCUGUUGAGCGUCUAGAGAUGAAGCCACCUCCAAAACCUGUCCCGCCUGAACUGAAAGCUCCAAGCAGAUCCGGAUCAUGGGCUCUUCGUGAACGUACAUCUGAUUCGCUGAAUCGCACAUUGCAUCCAUCUAUUUCUGGAGUUAUUUCUCCCACAGCUGCAUCUAAUGCUAAGAAAGGUUCUCCCGUAUGGUUUAUCCGCCAGAUUCUUCGCAAUUCUCUUCAGACCAAGGAUUACAAGAAGUUGGAUAAACGACUCGUUUCCCUCAAUAAAUGGGUCAAAGAAUUUCGUGAGCAGCAAGGUGAAUCUGCUUUGGCUAACCUUCUCAAACAAAUCAACCAAAAAAGCAUUAAAUCAAACGACGAGUUCGAAAAGGAGAAAGUGAUCUGCAGAUGUCUCAAAACUGUCAUGGCUACCGACCCUUCUAAUGAUAAGGUACAGAAGGUGCCUCUAUCGAGCAACUUGAUCAUUCAGGAGCACUUACAAGUUGUCAAAAGUCUUCCUUUUUCGUUACUUUCUCCUAGUAUAGAAACGAGAAUUUUGGCUACUGAGCUCCUUAUUUAUUUAACUCACUUUGAAGACUAUAAUUUCUUCCCCCAUCUUAUGGAUGAAUUUCGAAAGCUUCAGGACAAGUAUCUUAUGUUCGUUCGUUUCCAGCCUUGGAUGAAUGCAUUGGAGUCUACUUUAGACCAGCAUCUUCAGACUGAGCAACAUAAUCGCUCCAUUCAUGAAGAUAUUUUCAAGGAAUAUGUUCUUGUGACUAUUAUCUUUAUUAAUCAGCUACUCGAGUGUUGUGAGAGGCCGAAAGAUAGAAUAGUCCUCCGCAAGGAGUUCUCUGAUAGCAGACUCGAUAAGAUCCUCGACAAGAUCAGGGAAAUCAAUGAUGACAAAAUUUCAAGGCAUAUGGCCCAUUAUAAUCACCUUGCCGAAGGUGAUUACUCUCACUUUUUGAUGGAAAAACUGUUCAGAAUCGAAUCCGAAGAUGAUGCUGAAUCGGUUAACUCAAAUCUUAGUGACCUUCGUACCAAGUUUGAUGACGAAUCAGGCGUCUUCAUCCAAUCUGACAGUGACUCUCAGCAUAUGAGUUCACUCUUGGAGAGAAUUAGAUGGAUCAAGAACUCCAAGUCUAGCCCAGAAUCCAAACGUCUUUUUGGUCUUCUUGAUGUCAUUACUGGUCAUCUACUCGACGAAACUUUUGGACCAACCAAGUCGGACACACUUUUGAAUGUAUCUCUCGAAAAGUUAAUUGACCGUUUAGAGACUGAUGACACUGCCCGUCGUGCCGUGAUGGAGAUGGAAUCCCUUAAAAGAGAAAUUAUCGAGUUGAAGGAGAGUAAGACUGUUCCUCAAGAGCUUUCAGCUUCGCAAAGUGAUAGCUACCAGACGUCCCAGCUAAGGAAGGAACUCGAAAGACUGAGAGAUACCAUCAUCUCUUAUGAGAAGCAGAUUGGCGUCAUGCUGAAUACCAUUAAGCGACUUGAAGCCGACUUGCAAAGAUUAAGAAAGUCAUCUGACGGUGAUCAAGGCCUGAAACGUUUGACGUCUUUUGCAUCUCUUUCUUCAAAUACCGGCACUUCGGGAGCUGCUCGUGGGGUUGUUCUAGAUGAGCUUGAGUACAAGUUGUCCAGGCAGAAGUCGAGGAAUACGAAUAUUAAGAAGUCUAAGUUGACCAAUAAUCUCGCUGAGCAUCUUAGCGAUCUGAAGAGCGAGGACAAUUUGAUACUUGGUUCGGCCGGUUCUGAUUCUACAAGAAGCGAACUAUUUCGUGAUGGCUCUGUGUUGCUGCAAAACCCCGGCAAGGAAACGAAGCUCACAAAAGAGUUCCCUGAUCUCGGUAAGCUAUCAACAAAUAAUGCCAUUGGGGGAGCAGGGACGUCGUCAGUAUCUGGCCCUCCGGCUCCUCCACCUCCUCCCCCUCCACCUCCACCAAGCCUUCCAGAUUUUCUUCCCAAAGCUGGUGCUCCUGCUGGGCCUCCUCCUCCACCUCCUCCACCAUUACCACCUAUGUUAGCUCAGAGUGGAGCUUCUGGUCCUCCUCCACCUCCGCCUCCUCCGUUGCCUGGCUUUAUUGCGCCACAGGACUCUAACGGACAGUCUGGUCCCCCUCCUCCUCCACCAUUACCAGGCUUUAUUACUUCUCCAAGCGAUACUGAUGGGGAAGGAGGACCUCCACCUCCACCGCCUCCUCCUUUGGCUCCAGAUUUUCUUUCUCCUAAUCAAACUGGUGAUCAGAAUCAGACACCGGCUGUUAAAGCUGCCCAGGAAGCUGUUGAUGCUACUGUAAUGAAGAAGAAGCCUGGGGUCAAGCUCAAGACUGUGCAUGUUAAUAAUGUUAACGACACAAAGUCUACAAUCUGGGCUGAUAUCAAGAAUAAAGAGAUUCUGGAGCAAUUAGAGACCCAAGAUGCUUACGACGAGGUCCAGACUCAUUUCAAGGUGAAAGAGGCACCAAAGAAGAAGGCUGUGAAUGCAAGCGCAGCUAAGAAGCCAGCUAAAAAAGAAACGCUUAUUCCAAGAGACAUAGCUCACCAGUUUGGCAUCUAUUUGCAUAUGUAUAACAGUGUUUCUGCCCCAGACCUUACCCUCAAAAUCUUACACUGUGACAAGGACAUAAUUGAUAAUGUCAGUGUUCUUGAGUUCUUUACUUCGGAGAUAUUUAACGACUUUUCAGAAUCAAAGUUUAGGAACUUUGUCCCAUAUUCCCAUGAGCUCAACAACCCAGAAUCCAAGCCUGCCAAACCUAGUGAUGACCUUGAAAGAGCUGACAAAGUGUUCCUAGAGAUUUAUAACAUGAGACACUACUGGAAGUCCCGUUCGAGAGCACUUCUUGUUACUCAAACUCACAAGAAGGAUUUCGAAGAUUUGAAGUCGAAGCUUACCAUGAUUGAUAACACUGUCAGAGCAAUCAGGGAAAGUGAAAAUUUGAAGCACGUAUUAGGUUUGAUCCUUGAGGUUGUCAAUUAUAUGAAUGAUGAUGCCAAGCAGGCUCUGGGCUUCAAGCUUGAUACCUUACAACGGUUGAAGUUCCUUAAGGAUAACUCUAACACCAUGACUUUCCUUCAUUAUGUUGAAAGAAUUAUCAGGAACAAGUUUUCAGAAUGGGGUUCGUUUGUUGAUGAAUUGAAUGUUCUUAAUCAGAUGCAUAACAUUAAUGUCGAGCUGAUCGAGAAGGAUUGUGAAGAGUACGAACGGAAUAUUAAGAAUGUCUUGGUAUCCUUGGAGAAGGGUAAUUUGAGUGACCCAAGUAUUUUCCAUUCUGAGGAUAAGGUGCUUAGAGUGAUCAAACGUCCUCUCAUUGUUGCUAAAGAGAACGCAACUCAGUUAAUUGAACAGCUCAGGAAGACUGUUGAAGACCACAAUGCAUUAAUGGUUUACUUUGACGAGAAGCCGGAAGAUAGCAAUAGCAGAAACACAUUCUUCUCUAAGUUUGCAGCAUUUGUCAAUCAGUUCAAGCAAGUACACGCCGAGAAUGUCCAAAGAGAGGAGGAAGAGAAAGCUUAUGAAAUGAAGAAGCAGGCCAUUCAACGGAGAGAGAAGAACAGGCUUUCUAAGCUCGCCGGUGACAAGAAGACUCCUAAAGCUGCAGACGCCAAUGCCAAAGCAGACACUGAAGAUGCCGAGGAUCAGAAUGAAGACGACGAUGAAGAUGAUGAAGAGGACGUGGAUGGCGAAGUUAACCAAGAUUCUGAGGGUGCAGCUGCCGUCGAUGAGCUUUUGCGCCAGCUUAAGUCUGGAGCGGCAAAUGAUAAGGGUAGAGCAAGACAAAGACAAGCAAGGUUACGUUCUGAGCUUUACAAUUCGAAGCCUGAUGAGAAGAAACCAGAUCUGGAUCUUGGUCAGGAGUCUAGAAUGAAAGACUUGUCAAAUCAGGAUGCUACUCGUGGGUCUACGGCAGGAGGCGAUUCCUCAAAAACUGAAGAUGAUGUGAUGGUUAGAGCCCGAAGCAUGCUUCAGCUGUUACGAGGCACUCCAGAUGUUAUGGAAACCUUGGAGGCAUCUACCAGUGAAAAGGAUGCAGAAGCGCUGGGAAAAAUGGUUGCAAAAGAGGAAGAUGGUUCAAUGCAGAACAUCGAUGAGCGUGCAGAUGUUGAUAAGGCUCCAGAAGAUAUAAUAGAGAUAAGGUCGUCCGAAGGUACCCCAGAAUCUGACUCUGUUGAAGUGAUUGAGGCGCCCCAGGAGGAUGCUCUGGCAGAUAAUUCGCAGCCACCCAAAGUUGGUGUACUCAAGCAACUCGAGCUGGUACGAGAAGAAAGCUUCGAUGCUGUUGUUGUCUCUGGUACAAAGUUGGCCAAAUCCAUCAAACACCAGGUUGCUCAGAAGGUCAUUGAGUACAACCGUGAACACGUCCCAUCGCUUAAUCUUCCAUUGACCAAUGAUGACAUUUCCUUUGAGCUGCUUAAUUUCAAGCCUCAGCUUACCAUUAUUCAGGUUGGUAGCAGGCCAGACUCUUCUGCUUACGUUCGUUCGAAGCUUAAGGCUGCAACCACCUCCAACAUCCAGCUGAAGCUUGUGCAAUUCAACGAAGACCUUACUGAGGAAGAAUUGCUUGAAGAGGUUGACCGUUUGAACAAGGACCCUAAGGUUAAUGGUAUUUUGAUCCAGCUUCCUUUGCCUAAGCAUAUCAACGAGACUUUGGUCACUAAUGCUGUGGCUACUGAGAAGGAUGUGGAUGGGUUUGAUAGAUUCAAUGUUGGUGAACUUUCCAAGCGUGGAGGUCAGCCAAAGUUCAGACCAUGUACUCCAAACGGUAUCAUGGAAUUGAUCAAGACAACUGGUAUCCAAUUGCGUGGUAAGUCUGCUGUGGUUAUUGGUCGUUCUGAUAUUGUGGGUACUCCAGUUGCAGCCAUGUUGAGAAACGAGGACUGUACUGUUACUGUUUGUCACCGUUACACCUACGACUUGCCAUCUGUUGUGCGUGGUGCUGACGUUGUGGUUGCUGCUGUUGGUAUUCCUGAGUACGUUAAGGCUGACUGGGUCAAGGACGGUGCUAUUGUGAUCGAUGUUGGUAUCAACUAUAAGGAAGAUGAAACCGCCAAGAACGGUAAGAAGCUUGUUGGUGAUGUUGACUAUGCUGAGGUUUCCAAGAAGGCUUCUUACAUUACCCCUGUUCCUGGUGGAGUUGGUCCUAUGACUGUUGCCAUGUUGUGCUCGAACGUCUACGAUGCUGCCGUUGCUCAGGCUAAGCGUGCUCAUGACCACAAGUUCAAGCCUUUGCCUCUUGAAAUCAAGCGUCCUGUGCCUCUGGACAUUGCUAUUUCUCGUGCUCAGAAGCCAAAGAAGAUCACCAAGGUUGCCCAGGAAUUGGGUCUUUUGGAGGCUGAACUCGAGCCAUAUGGACACUACAAGGCUAAGGUUGACCCUAAGAAGGUUGCUGAGCGUUUGGAUGAACAGCUCGAAGGCGACGCUUCUUCUCGUGGUCACUUUGUUCUUGUUGCUGGUAUCACUCCAACUCCAUUGGGUGAAGGUAAGUCUACCACUACUAUUGGUUUGACCCAGGCUCUUGGUGCUCACUUGGGUUUCAACUCCAUUGCCAACGUUCGUCAGCCAUCUAUGGGUCCUACUUUUGGUGUUAAGGGUGGUGCUGCCGGUGGUGGUUACGCUCAGGUUAUUCCUAUGGAUGAGUUUAACAUGCACUUGACUGGUGAUAUCCAUGCAAUUUCUGCUGCUCAGAACUUGUUGUGUGCUGCUGUUGACACUCGUAUGUUCCACGAAUCUACUUCUAAGACUGUUAAGGGUUUCUACAAACGUUUGGUGCCUGCUAAGAAGGGUAAGCGUCUGUUCACCAAGCAGAUGUUGGCUCGUUUGGAGAAAUUGGGUAUCAACAAGACCAACCCAGAUGACUUGACUGAUGAAGAAAUUACAAGAUUUGCUAAGCUCGAUAUUGAUCCAGAAUCCAUUACUAUCAAGCGUGUGGUUGACUGUAACGACAGAUUUGUUCGUGAAAUCACUCUUGGUCAGGGUAAGAACGAGGCUGCCAAGUACCCACCUCGUACCUCUGGUUUCGAUAUCACUGUCGCAUCUGAAAUCAUGGCUAUCUUGGCCUUGUCUACUUCCCUCAAGGACUUGAGAGAGCGUGUGGGUAAGAUUGUCGUUGGUACUCAGAAGGAAACUGGUGUCGCUAUUACUGCUGAGGAUAUUGGUUGUGCUGGUGCCAUCACUGCUCUUUUGAAGGACGCUGUUAAGCCAAACAUGAUGCAGACUCUUGAAGGUACUCCUGUUUUCGUUCACGCUGGUCCAUUCGCCAACAUUUCCAUCGGUGCUUCUUCUGUCAUUGCUGAUAAGUUGGCCUUGAAAUUGACUUCCCCAGCUAACCCUAUCAACAACGGUAAGAAGGGUUUCGUUAUUACUGAAGCUGGCUUCGACUUUACCAUGGGUGGUGAGCGUUUCUUCAACAUUAAGUGCCGUGCUGCUGGUGUCUCUCCAGACACUGUUGUUCUUGUUGCCACUUCCAGAGCUUUGAAGUUGCACGGUGGUGCUUCUGACGUCAAGCCUGGUCAGGAAUUGCCAAGCGAGUACACCACUGAAAACUUGGAGUUCUUGGAGAAGGGUUGUGCUAACUUGGCCAAGCAGAUCUCUAACAUUAAGCAGUACAAUGUCCCAGUUGUUGUUGCUAUUAACGAGUUUGAAACCGACAGCAAGAACGAGCUUCGUCUUAUUCAAGAGCAGGCUUUGGCUGCUGGUGCUGACUACGCUGUUGCUUCUGCUCACUGGGCUGAAGGUGGUUCUGGAGCCUUGAAGUUGGCUGAAGCUGUUGCCAACGCUGCUACCAAGAAAGAAACCGAUGAACAAACUUUCUUGUACGAUGUCAACUCCUCUGUCGAAGAUAAGUUGUUGGCUAUCGCCUCGAAGAUGUACGGUGCUGAGGCAAUUGAAUUGUCUCCAUUGGCCAAGAAGCAGAUUGAAACCUACACCAAGCAGGGCUUCGACAAGUUGCCUAUUUGCAUUGCCAAGACCCAGUACUCCCUUUCUCACGAUCCAGCUUUGAAGGGUGUUCCAACUGGAUUCACUGUGCCUAUUAGAGAGGUGAGAUGUAGUGCUGGUGCCGGUUACUUGUACGCAUUGGCUGCCGAGAUCAUGACCAUCCCAGGUUUGCCUACGCAUGCUGGCUACAUGAACGUCGAGGUGAACGACGAUGGAGAGAUUGAGGGCUUGUUUUAG